GCUGUUUGUUGUUGCCGGGUCUUCUUUUUUUGUGAUUGCUGAGUUUAUACCAAAUGUCAAUUGAAGGCCUCAUAACCGCAGAGAAACCAGACAGCCACCAAUGGACAUGUCGCCUAACAUUGAUUGAAAAGCAAAAUGUGCGCACAGGAAAGACAUCUCCAAUAAAAUUCAUGCCAAUGAUUCUGCAGGAUUCUGCUGGGACCAGAGUCCAGGCCACUGCAUUCCAGGGUGAUAUAGAAGGAAUAGAUCAACGCCUAUCCCUGUACUCCACAUACCUCAUCUCAAAUGCUUACGUAAAACGAAUAACUGAAAUGCGCUACUGCGUUGAUGUCAACUAUCCAUAUGUGUGGUCAUUCAACCGGCGAACCCUGAUACAAGAUGUGGAUCCAGCAGAAGGAGUUGAUUUUCGUGAACUUGCUGAAUCAGAAACUGCACCAUUCCACACUAUAUUCAACGCUUAUCAGCAUGACGCACGUAUGAAUAUUUUAGGCGCUAUUGUUAAAAAAUUACCGCGUACCUUCAUAGUUACUGGUGGUAGACAACGCGUUGCUUGGGAUGUUGUUCUUGUCAACGAAGAGUGCAUACCCAUCCCAUUUACUAUGUGGGAGGAAUUUGUUGGCAAACAUGGUGCUGAAAUUGAAAAGAUUCUGCAUGCAGGUGGUCACCCUCUUGUCCUCAUCAACAGGGUUGCCAUAAACCUAUUCCAAGCUCUAUCAUUAUCAACUAGGUAUGACUGCCACGUGGAAUUGAACCCUACUGGGGUUCGUGCUCUAUCACUAAAAAAAUGGAUCUCUGCAAAUGCAGGAAAAAUUAGUUUGAUGGUGCAGGAUAAGGUGUACAAUGAUGCACUUUCAAUCAUAGCACACCCUUUGUCGCAACCCCAAUGCACCCUUUCAGGCUUAGAAAACAAUUUGCUUCA